UGAGAACGUUAUUGUCCGUACAAUGCCAGCAAAUUUCGCCCCUCUCUCCGCUCUCUCUCUCUCUCUCUCUCUCUCUCUCUCUCCCCUUCGUCGUGGGAAGCCACUACCCACCCACCAUCCAACCACCUCUCUCCGCCCAUAUUCCUUCCACUCUCAUUUUUCAUUUUUAUUUUUUUCUUUUUUUAUUUUUUUUUCUUUUCCCAAAAAAAUUCUCGAUCGGAAUUGCAACCGACGAUGGACAAUUUCCUAUCUUCUUCCCUCUCUUUCCUCCGCCUGUAAAUGUCGACGAAGAAGAAUUCCCGCAAACAGAGAUCCAAUGAUCCCAAAAUGAACGAGCGUUUGGAAGAGGAUGACCGAACAGCGCUGGCGGGGAUAUCCAAUUCUCCGCCGCACCGGAAAGCUUACUCCUACAGCCAGCAGCUCCGUACCAACACCGGCACCCACCACAAGCGCCAGCACCAGCUCCGCAAGCACAGCCUCGACGAGAACCGGAUCUUGAGCCACAACCCGAAGAACAACGUCUACGUGUGCGGGACCCCCAAUUCAUCCUCCGACGAUGAGUUUUAUCCGUACUCGACUAUUACCGCCACCGGAGGCGGCGUCGCGGUGGGGUCGGUGAGUGAUCACCAUGUCGAUUACCUCCAUUUGAGCCAGAGGAUUGGCGGAAUGGCGGUGGGGGACGGCGGAUGCGAUGAUGAUGAUUUCGAGAAGUUUCCGCAGCAGCCGAUGCCGGAAUUUAUGGGGAGCGGUGGUGGGGUGGGCAUAUUUAGGGUGCCAAAUAGGGCGCCCGUCAACCCUAGCCGACCAACGUGUCUUGAGCUUCGGCCUCAUCCUUUAAGAGAAACUCAGGUUGGGAAAUUUUUACGGACAAUUGUCAGUACAGAAACACAACUAUGGGCAGGGCAAGAAUCAGGCGUAAGAGUAUGGAACUAUUCAGAUUCAUAUAAGCCAGGUACUGGGGUAGGAGGAAGGGCACCAAGAGGUGACGAGGAUGCUGCUCCAUUUUAUGAAUCAACGAGUGCAUCACCCACGAUAUGCUUGAUUGUUGAUGAAGGGAGUAAGUUUGUUUGGAGUGGGCACAAAGAUGGUAAAAUUAGAUCAUGGAAGAUGGAUCAGAAUCUCUCCGAUGACAACGGUUUCAAGGAAGGUCUUUCUUGGCAGGCACAUAAAGGACCAGUUCUUUCAAUGGAGAUUUCUUCUUACGGUGAUAUAUGGUCAGGAUCUGAAAGCGGCAGUAUAAGGGUCUGGCCAUGGGAAGCUGUGGAAAAAUCUAUGUCUCUAUCACUAGAGGAAAGACACAUGGCUUCUCUGUUGGUGGAAAGAUCAGUUAUCGAUCUCAAAAGCCAAGUUACAAUUAAUGGUGUAUGUAAUAUCUCUUCUUCAGAUGUGAAGUGUUUGCUAUCUGAUAAUGCCCGAGCCAAAGUCUGGGCGGUUGGGUCCCUAUCCUUCUCGCUAUGGGAUGCUCGUACUCGAGACCUUCUAAAAGUAUUCAACGUGGACGGUCAGAGUCAGAACGACAAUCGUUCUGACGUGCCAUCAUCAUCAUCAAUGACAUCAUCAUCGUCAUCAACAUCAUCUGCCACCCAAGACCAACCCGUUGAAGACGAGAUGAACGUAAAAUUUGUCUCCAAGUCCAAAAAGGAGAAAUCCCAAGGCUUCUUGCAGCGGUCCCGCAAUGCUAUAAUGGGAGCUGCAGAUGCCGUUCGAAGAGUAGCAACAAAGGGUGCCGGAGCUUUCGCGGAGGACGGUAAAAGAACAGAAGCUAUUGUUCUCGCGGGCGAUGGAAUGAUUUGGACAGGAUCCUCAAACGGUCUGUUAGUACAGUGGGAUGGUAAUGGCAACCGCUUGCAAGAAUUCACACACCACCCUUGCGGUGUACUGUGUUUUUGCUCUUACGGGUCGAGAGUAUGGGUCGGUUACGUAAGUGGGAUGGUCCAGCUUCUGGAUCUUGAAGGGAAUCUAAUUGCGGGCUGGGUUGCUCAUAACGGGCCUGUUAUAAAGUUAGUGGUGGGCAACGGCUCUGUGUUUAGCUUGGCAACUCACGGAGGUAUACGUGGUUGGAACAUUUCAUCGCCUGCACCUAUUGAUAAUAUAUUACGGUCCGAAUUAUCUGAUAGAGAGAUCAUGUAUACAAGGCUAGAGAGUGUCAAAAUUUUGGUCGGCACGUGGAAUGUUGGUCAGGGAAGAGCCUCUCACGAUGCUCUUAUGUCGUGGUUAGGUUCUGCAGUGUCGGAUGUUGGUAUUGUAGUUAUAGGGCUGCAAGAAGUGGAGAUGGGUGCUGGUUUUCUUGCAAUGUCGGCUGCUAAAGAAACUGUAGGGCUAGAAGGAAGUGCAAUUGGGCAGUGGUGGCAAGAUCACAUUGGCAAGGCUUUGGAUGAAGGGUCUACUUUUGAACGUGUGGGUUCUCGACAAUUGGCUGGCUUAAUGACAGCAAUCUGGGUGAGAAAUACUCUUAGGACACAUGUCGGGGAUCUAGAUGUUGCAGCAGUUGCUUGUGGUUUAGGUCGUGCAAUUGGUAAUAAGGGAGGUGUAGGAUUGAGAUUGAGAGUAUACGAUCGGAUAAUGUGCUUUGUGAACUGUCAUUUGGCUGCGCAUUUGGAGGCAGUUAAUCGGAGGAACGCAGAUUUCGAUCAUAUAUACCGAACAAUGACAUUCACACGAUCUUCUAACAUGCUCAACAACGCUGCUGGUAUGCUGCGAUACCUGUACUUGCUUUGCUCUCUUGUCUUCUCUACAUAUUUAUUUUGGCUGCUUUACUCUUGUGGCUUCCCUUGGAUCCUCUCUAUUGCAGCUGGUGUUUCAUCAGCCGCUCAGAUGCUCCGUGGCCCUAAUGCUUCAACAGUUAACCCUGACGAGGGAAAGCCGGAUCUUGCUGAAGCUGAUAUGGUUGUCUUCUGUGGCGAUUUUAAUUACCGUCUGUUUGGCAUAUCGUACGACGAAGCAAGAGACUUUGUCUCUCAAAGAAGCUUCGAUUGGCUUCGUGAGAAAGAUCAACUCAGAGCAGAAAUGAAAGCUGGUAAAGCUUUCCAAGGAAUGCGCGAGGCCCUCAUCAGAUUUCCUCCCACUUACAAAUUCGAGAGAGGAAAGCCUGGAUUAGGAGGUUAUGAUUCGGGGGAGAAGAAACGAAUCCCCGCUUGGUGUGACAGAAUACUUUAUCGAGAUAAUAGAGCAAAUCCUGCAGAAGAAUGUAGUUUGGAGUGCCCUGUGGUUGCUUCCAUAUUACAAUACGAGGCGCGUAUGGAUGUGACAGAAAGCGAUCACAAACCAGUAAGAUGCAAAUUCAACGUAGACAUUGCCCAUGUCGAUAGAUCGUUACGAAGGGAGGAGCUAGGUAAAAUUCUUCAAUCCAACGACAACAUCAGAUCGAAUCUAGAAGCACUGCGUUUCGUUCCGGAAACUUCUGUCAAUACAAACAAAAUAAAGCUGAAGAACCAAGAUACAUUCAAUCUGAAAAUCACAAACAAAAGUGGUGAAGACAUGGUUUUUUUCCAUAUCAUAUGUGAAGGUCAAGCCACCAUCAAUGAAGAUUCGGUAGCUUCCGAGUACCACCCCAGAGGCUCCCUCGGUUUCCCACGAUGGCUCGAGGUCACUCCGGCAGCUGGCAUGAUAGAUCCCGAUCAAGUUGCAGAGAUAACGAUACACCACGAAGAGUUCCACACAAUGGAGGAGUUUGUAGAUGGGGUCCCACAAAGCUGGUGGUCUGAAGACACCAGAGACAAAGAAGUGAUUCUAUUGGUUAAUGUACGAGGAAGUUGCUCGACUGAGACAAAGACUCAUCGGGUAAAUGUAAGGCAUUGCCUCUCUGGUAAUCCAGCUUUAGUGGAUCAAAAACUCAGUGUUUCAAAGAAGCAUGGAGGAAGUUCAAGUUCAAGUUCACACCAAAAGUCUACAUUGACAUACCAUUGAUAAUCUUCACUCAAACGCUCGAUUCCAACCUCGUAUACCGAUAAUAACGGUCAGAAUUUUGUCCGAUGUUGUAACGGUUUAGAUGAGAUUCUUGUUUCAAUUUAAGGGUUCAAAAUUAAAUUUGCACAAAAGUACAUAGUUAUAGAUAGGAAAUUCUUUUUCUUGUCAUAUAUCAAAGUAAUUGAAGAUGAAAUUAUUGCAAAAAGUGUACAUCUUU